AUGUUUGAUCUAGCGAGACAUCUAACACGUCACAUGAAAUGUCACAAUGAGUAUAAGCGGUACCUGUGUUUGAUUUGCCGCAAAGGAUUCAAUGACACUUUCGACCUCAAGAGACACACCAGAACACAUACAGGUGUCAGGCCCUACAAGUGCCUCGACUGUGGGAAAGCAUUCACCCAGAGAUGUUCACUAGAGUCUCACGCCAGAAAAGUCCACGGCCAGAACAUUCAGUACGCCCCCAAGCAGAGGCGUCGAAAGCUGUACGUGUGCGAGGACUGUGGACAUACCACAGAGGAACCAGCCAAACACUUUCUCCACAUCAGGACGUCUCACCCACACAGCGCUGUGCUACUCAAAUUUCACGACAAAAGGCAGUUCAAAUUCUCCGAUAGUACGAUUCCUAAAAUGCUAUGCUCGACUUUGGACCUGACUGGACCCAACCAUAGGAACGAACCCUAUCCAUACGGGUCCAGCUUUGGUGACAGGAGAAUAUCCUGA